CGGUGUACGAGGACGCUCAGUAGAGUACAGAGCUAGUAUUACUAGUAUUAUUGAUCUGUACUCCGAUGAACAAAACGAGUCGUAUUUCUCUAAACCUUCUAAAGUUAGACCUUUUGUGGGACUUACCCACAUUUACCCUCUGAGUCACAACAGAUGACACCAUAAGCUCAUUAGCAAAAUGUUUGCUCAGGUAACAGAUUAAGGGAGAAGUACGGUUAUUUUCUCAUAGACUUCUAUACAAUCAGACUUCUUUUUGCCACCAGAGAAGCUGCUCCCCUGCUGGCUGAUGGAGAGAAUGCAGUUUUAAUAAAUGUGUGUGUAAGCAUGAAGACAACAAUGCCAAAAAAGACAUGGUUGAGCUGUUUCCGUAAAGCUGCAGGACUUUAUGUUGCAGUGAAACAUGAGCCGCAGGGAGUAAAAAUGUGACAAUUCCUUGGACUAGUUGGGUAAUCAGUUUUUAGAAGAGAAACUUUAUGGCUGAUAUCAGCAGAUGUCUCACGAUGUCCUAUAUUUCAUCUUUUUGAAAUCCAACUCACCAUGAGAUUGAACUCGCAUUUACAAAAAGAAAAUCCUGCCGUCACGUCCUGUUUGCCGGAGCAGAGGUUGACCUCGGAGGUGAGCCGGCCGAUUGUCUCAUUAUUGGUCAUUAAAUAUUGUCUGAGUGACGUCGGAGCUGCUCACAUAUAGACCUGAACGAGCCUCAGUGUGCAGAGGGCAGGCUGAUGUCCGUUACCCAGCAUCCUUCAGCGUCUUCAGCGACUGCCGUCACCAGGUCCGAGUACCUCAGCACCAUGGUCAGAAGCAGGAUGCUGCUCCUCGGCGCUUCCUGCUGGCUGGUGGUUGUUGUGGGGAGCUGUGAGGCGGUGAAAGAGGAGCGAUCACUCGAGUUCGACGGCAUCGAGACACAAGAGGAGAAAGAGCUGAUUGAAGCUCUGCAGGAAGUUCUGGAGAAGCUGAAGAACAAACAGUUGCCGUCAUCGGAGAAGAAACUGGGCUGGCUUCCUGCUUGUGAUGCAGGUGAGCAGUGUGCGGUGCGGAAAGCUUCGAGGAUCGGGAAGCUGUGUGGAUGUCCCAGAGGAACCAUCUGUGACUUCAGCGUCCUCAAGUGUCUGUAAAACUCAAACACAAAUGUCCUGCUGUUGGAGAGCACAAAAUAAAGGCUUUUAAAGGUUUUUAAAAACUCCA